CCCCAGAGUCCCGCGCUCCCAGCGGUGACAGCUCAGGAGCCCUCUGAAGCAGCUGUCACUUCAUCCCUCACUUGUAGACCAAAGAGGGAUCCUAUCUGUCCUGCCCAGGGAGAGUCUCAGAGGGGGCCAGCAUGGACCAGUCGGUGGCUAUCCAGGAGACUCUGGCUGAGGGGGAAUAUUGCAUCAUCGCGGUACAAGGUGUGCUGUGUGAAGGGGACAGCCGGCAGAGCCGCCUACUGGGGCUCGUUCGCUACCGCCUGGAGCACGGUGGCCAGGAACACGCUCUCUUCCUGUAUACGCACCGGAGGAUGGCCAUUACCGGGGAUGAUGUCUCCUUGGACCAGAUAGUGCCAGUUUCACGAGAUUUUACGCUGGAAGAAGUGUCCACAGAUGGUGAACUCUACAUCCUUGGCUCAGAUGUGACUGUUCAGCUGGACACAGCAGAGCUCAGCCUUCUAUUCCGACUACCCUUUGGCUCACACACCAGGAUGUUCCUCCAGGAAGUCACCAAGGCCUGUGUAGGCUUGGACCCUGCGACCCGGGAUCCUGAGUUCCAGUGGCUGUCCCGAUACAGGUGCGCGCCACCACAGGAGGCUGGCUCCACACCGACACUGCGCGAUUGGAACUCGGCCCCGGGCACCUGGCCCGCUUGCGGGACAAUUGGCGGARGCAGGUAUCCGUCUCGCAAGAAGCGGUGGGGAUUGGAGCAGGUCCUGCCUCAGGGGGCGGGCUCUGUUCUGUUUAGGGGCGGGGCGAAGGCGCAGACGAACUUUCGAUUGGCGGAGGUGGCACGGGGGGGCGUAGCCGAAUGGGGGCGGCACGCUCGGGGCGGGCGGCGAUAUGAAGAGCUUGAGGAAGCAGGCCGGGAAAUGUCCGCCGCCGCCGGCUCUCGAGAGCGCGACUCUGCAGGUGGUUCAAACUUCAACAAUUCAAGGUUGAAUGAGAAAGGUCUACUUGUAGACCAAAGCUCCGGGGGUCAGGAUAAACCAGAAAGCUUGCUCCCGAGACAGAAUAAAUCCAAGUCUGAGAUCACGGACAUGGUUCGCUCCUCCACUAUCAUAGUAUCAAACAAGGCUCAUAUGUUAUCCAUGCAGAAGUUUGGACUUCGAGAUACAAUUGUUAAAUCACAUCUGAUACAGAAAGAAGAGGAUUAUACCUAUGUCCAAAACUUCAGGUUUUUUGUGGGAACUUACAAUGUGAAUGGACAGUCCCCUAAAGAAUGCCUCCGCCCUUGGCUGAGCCACGGUAUCCAGGCCCCAGAUGUAUACUGUGUAGGAUUCCAGGAACUCGACUUGAGUAAGGAAGCCUUUUUCUUUCAUGAUACCCCAAAGGAAGAAGAAUGGUUUAAAGCUGUGUCAGAGGGUCUUCAUCCAGAUGCCAAAUAUGCAAAGGUGAAGCUUAUCCGUCUGGUUGGGAUUAUGCUGCUGUUGUAUGUCAAACAAGAACAUGCAGCGCAUAUCUCAGAAGUGGAAGCUGAGACUGUUGGGACGGGAAUCAUGGGAAGGAUGGGUAACAAAGGAGGCGUGGCGAUCAGGUUCCAGCUGCACAAUACCAGCAUCUGCGUUGUGAAUUCUCACUUGGCAGCCCACACAGAAGAGUAUGAAAGGAGGAACCAAGACUAUAAAGACAUUUGUUCUCGAAUGCAGUUUUGUCAGGUGGACCCAAGCCUCCCCCCUCUCACCAUCAACAAGCAUGAUGUGAUCUUGUGGCUGGGGGAUCUCAACUACAGAAUAGAAGAACUGGAUGUGGAAAAAGUGAAAAAACUCAUCGAAGAGAAGGCCUUUCAAACCCUGUAUGCAUAUGAUCAGCUGAAAAUUCAAGUUGCUGCAAAGACUGUCUUUGAAGGCUUCACAGAGGGUGAGCUCACGUUCCAACCUACCUAUAAGUAUGACACCGGUUCCGAUGACUGGGACACCAGUGAGAAGUGUCGUGCUCCUGCCUGGUGUGACCGGGUCCUCUGGAAAGGGAAGAACAUCAUUCAGCUGAGUUACCAGAGCCACAUGGCCCUGAAAACCAGUGACCACAAGCCUGUCAGCUCUGUAUUUGACAUUGGGGUGAAGGUCAUAAAUGAAGAACUGUACCGGAAGACUCUGGAGGAAAUUGUUCGCUCCCUGGAUAAGAUGGAAAAUGCCAACAUUCCCUACCUGCCCAGCUGUUUCGGGUCCCCCAUUCAUACACUGUGCUACAUGAGGGAGCCAAUCUUGGACCUGCCAUUGGAAACUGUUAGUGAGCUGACUCUGAUGCCAGUGCAGACUGAAGAUGAUGGGAGCCGGAUAGAGAAACCCAUGGAAAUCCCCAAAGAGCUCUGGAUGAUGGUGGAUUACCUAUACCGAAAUGCUAUCCAGCAGGAAGAUCUAUUUCAGCAGCCAGGCCUGAGAUCAGAAUUUGAACAUAUCAGGGACUGUCUGGAUACUGGAAUGAUUGAUAAUCUCUCUGCUAGCAAUCAUUCUGUAGCUGAAGCCUUGCUGCUUUUCCUGGAGAGCCUGCCAGAGCCUGUCAUCUGUUACAGUGCCUACCAUAAGUGCUUGGAGUGUUCUGGCAAUUACACAGCAAGCAAACAGGUUAUUUCUACUCUUCCCACAUUCCACAAAAAUGUCUUCAACUACUUGAUGGCGUUUUUGCAAGAAUUGCUGAAAAAUUCAGCAAAAAAUCAUUUGGAUGAGAAUAUUCUAGCUAGCAUAUUUGGCAGCUUACUGCUUCGAAACCCAGCUCAACACCAAAAGCCUGAAACAACGGAGAAAAAGAAGGCACAAGAGUUUAUUCACCAGUUCCUAUGCCACCCACUCUGAGGCUUUCUGUCUCAUUCCUUGUUUUACCCAGGGUAGCCAAUUUCCAGCUCCACUUGUUGCAGCUCAAGAGAUCCCUUAAAAACAUUUGAGGUCAUCUGGAAGCAAGAAUGGCAGCUCCUGAGCCUAGACCUCCCCUUACCUGUGCCAUCAUUGAUCAGCAYUCUCAGUGUUGAGCUGUGAAGACAUGAGAGAAAUCCACAAUAAUAAAACUGACGUUUGAUGUUCAACUUAAGUUAUUUAACACAAAUAGAUCUCUAUUUUUUUUUAAUUUAAAAAAAAAUUUUGUACUUGUGCUCAUUCAGCCUGCCUCCAGGGCACAGUCAAUUCCUUCCCUGUAGCCUAGACUGAGCUCCUCAUGAUCAGAUAUUUGAACAAACUUUUGAAGUCCUGAAAAGACAAUGAAAUGGACAUUAAGAAUGUAGGUGGAUGCUCCUGGAUAAACAAGGUUUAGCCUCCUGAGAUCCUUCGGUUGCCCAGUCUGAGGACAUGUGAAAAUACAUAUGGAACUUCUAUCCCUUUCCUACUCGGAUAUAGUUCAAUAAUUCUGAGGCUGGCCACUCAGCUUCUGAGGGCAAUACAGUGGCUUAAAAGUACAAACACUGAAGAACUGAGUUUUCUGGUGAAACAGGUGGAAUUUUCUAGGCCAGCAAAUCCUCCAAAUUGUAUAUGAGCAUAAU